AUGCAGAUCUUCCGCGUUGUCAUUGUCGCUAUCGCCGCGUUCGCCAUGCAAGGCUCCCAUGCUCUCUCCACCGGUAUAGCCCCAGGUCUCGCUGCCGGUACCACAGGAGGAGGCAACGCCAAUCCCGUGUACCCUACCUCGCUCGCCGAGCUUAAGAACUACCUCAAGGACUCGCAGCCGCGGGUCAUCGUGCUCAGGACAACCUUCGAUUUCCGCGGCACAGAGGGCACCACGACCGAAAACGGUUGUCGUCCCAAGAGCAACCGCGACUGCCUUGCCAAGAACAACGGCCACAAGGGCCAGGAUGUCAUUCUGCAGAGCGGUGGCAUGGCCAACACCGGAGGUCAUAGGGCCGACAAUGUCAUCAUCCAGAAUGUUCACAUCACACAGCUGAACCCGCACCUUAUCUGGGGCGGUGACGCCAUCUACAUCCAGGGCCUCAACAGCGGCAAGACAGCCAUGCAGCGCGUGUGGAUCGACCACGUCAAGAUCUCCAACAUCGGUCGCCAGAUGGUCGCCACCAACACGGCCAGCGUCAAGGGCCUGAUCAUCAGCAACUGCGAGUUCGAUGGCCAGACUCAGUACUCGGCCACGUGCGAUGGCAACCAUUACUGGACCUUCCUCUUCCUUGGCACGCAGACGCAGGCCAGUCUUGUCAACAAUUUCGUGCACCACACCUCGGGCCGCUCGCCCAAGGUCGGUGGCAGCUCCGUCGUCCACGCUGCUAACAACUACUGGUACAGCAACUCAGGCUUCUCGUACGACGUCGUCGAGAACGGCAAUGUGUUGCUGGAGGGUAACUACUUCGAGUCCACCACGACGCUGAGACGCCGCGACUCGGCGGCGUUGACCAACACGAAGAAGACAGCCAGCUACUACCACCCGACGUCGCCCCAGAAGCUCAGCACCAACAGCCAGAACUACGGAGUAGGCAUUCUGUCCUCAAAGUAA